CUUGAAAUGCUCGAUGUCUGCUGAUGCCUGAGAGACAGAGCACCGACUGAGUCCGGAUCACUUAAAGUUGCAGUUCCCUGAUUUUCCAGCAGAGGUCAGACAUGUCACACAUCAACACCACUGAGCUGCAGUCGCUCCUGGUCUCCUUCCUGCAGUACUGCCUCAACAGCACAAGUGUACUGUCUCUGCCAAUACCUCUGAACUACACUACCCAGCAAGCUUUGCACCAAGCAGGAGGAGCACGGGCCCACCCUCAGUCUCAUGGCAUGAUGUACAUCUUCCUGGUGGUUGGCAUGUUCAGCUUUUUCACAUUCGGCAUCAUGCUCAGCUACAUCCGCUCCAAGAAGCAGGAGAGCUCUCAGGACCCGUACCACCAGUACAUCGCCCAAGACUGGACCAAGGUGCUGACUCCAACCAGGGUCAUAGCUGAGGUGCUGCACAGGGAGGCAGCAGGUACAGGCACUGGCAGCAAGGAGCCUGUUGUCAUCUGUAACCCUGCAACACUGGAGCAGCUGCAGGACUAGUAAAUGAACAGAUUUGAAGAAUAAAGCCCUGAAACACAAGAUUUUACAUUUCCUUAACUUUAAUGUCACAUAGCAACCACAAAGUUACAGUGUUUGUUUUCAAUUUGAGAUCAGUGAUUUCACAGAAACAACCUGAAUCAUAA